AUGACAAGCUCCGUGGCAGGGAAGACCGCUCUGGUCACUGGAGCCGGAUCUGGGAUCAAUCUUGCAUUUGCACGUCUUCUGCUCUCACGCGGCUGCAACGUCGUGUUUGCAGACUUGUCUCUCCGGCCGGAAGCCCUCGAGCUCGUCAACGCCCACCAACGGCCCCCGGUGACAGCGCAAGCCGUCUUCCAAAAGACCGACGUGUCCUCGUGGAAAGAUCUAUCCGACACAUACGAGCUAGCCAAGAGCCGCUUCGGGCGUGUCGACAUUGUUUGUCCUGGUGCCGGCGUCUUUGAACCCGCCUGGAGCAGUUUCUGGAGACCGCCGGGGACGGACCCUGGAGUCGUCGACAGUGUGGCUUCCAACGGCUACAAAUCGCUCGACAUCAACUUGACCCACCCGAUCCGGUUGACUCAGCUGGCCAUCAUGGACCAAGUGCGAGAGCUCAAGGCAGCCAAGGGAGGAGUGGACUCCGGUGUGCCGCCCCGGAGAACGGUGAUUCACGUAUCGAGUGUGAACGGCCAAGUGGCACCCUUGUGGACGCCCCUGUACAACACGGCGAAGCACGCACUCAAUGGCUUUGUCCGCACCAUGGGCCCUCUGGAGGGACGCUUGGGCAUCAGAGUCGCCGCGGUGGCCCCGGGCCUGGUCAACACACCGAUUUGGUCGACCUCCCCAGACAAGAGCGGCCCCCUCUCCCAAGAUCCCGCCUGGGUCACCCCCGAAGAGGUGGCUCAAGUGAUGCUCGACACAGUCGAAAAAGAUCAAGUGAGCACUUCGCUCCGUGGCGACGCCGGAAGGGAUGAAGCUACUGAGAAAGAAGGCCUGGUGCGCGUGGCCGGAGGAUCUAUUCUCGAAGUGUCAGGAAAUCAAGUUCGAGAUGUGGCGGCCUUCUUCGACCCCGGACCACAAGGCAUUUCGUCUGAGGACUUUGACAUGGAGAAGAUGGAAAACAGCGUCUAUCAAGCUCUGGAGAAAAUAACCUGA